CGCUGUAACGUGGGGUAAUACUGACACUUGAUUCACUCCACGUAUAGUUGUUGGAGAUGGCCAGACAUUACUAACCGCAGGUGGAUAAAUAGCAGUGUUCCAGACGAGCAGUAUGGUGGUAGAGUCGGUACCCCAUCUUGCUGCCAAGGCCGACCAGAGACAACUAGAAACUAUCACAUUGGGAAUUUGGAAGGUGUCUUCUCUCAAAAGCACCCCUUUCAACAUUCGAAAACAGUUUUCGGACUUGGGAUCUGCGUUUCCCUACUUCUUCCGUCUGGCCGUAGAAGUGUACACCCUCGAACCCGUGUUGGCGAUCAUGUUUGUGUUGAACAAACUGUGGAAGGGAGUCGAGGGCGCUUUACUUUUGUACUUUUCUAGUCGGAUCCUACGGAUCAUCGAGAUUGGCCUGGUGCAAGGGGCUCCAGACAUGGUCGCAAUCCUGAAUGCGCUGACAGCACGUAUUUCCUGCGUUGUGCUUGCAGCGAUAUUACAGUGGGCAAGCGAGCAAGUGAUCCCGACUCUUAAGACCCGGGUUACGACUCACUUUGAGCUGUAUUUAAUGCAAGCCGAAUUAAGGAUAGACGUUCCCACUUCGCAAAAGCCACGCAGCAAAUUUAAAGCGUCCUCUUACAACGCGUGGACUUCAUUUGAGGGCAUCGUCGAGUUUGUGACGCAAGUCAUGAAAGCAUUUAGCCAGUUCACCCUCAUUCUACAAGCUUCCAAUUCUACGGGUUCGUCUUUGUUCACUGCCCUGUGUGUCAUGAAGCCGGUGUUCCUUGCACUGUCGCGUCGUUCACUGUGGGAUAUUCCGCAUAUUGUUUAUACGGACAAUGAGCAUCGCAAACGUAUGAAGGCAUUGAAUUUCAUGACUUCCCCCGGUUAUAGAUCCGAGAUUCUUGCAGGAGACUUGAUCGGCUACAUUAUCAACGAAUAUAGGAAAGCCGCUGCGCUGCUUGGCGGCCUCUCAGAUGACUGGGCUCCCAAUCAAUAUAUGAACAGGAAGUCUCCAAUGUGGCAUGUCGUCACUGACUUGAUGGGUGAUCUACCGAUGGUAUAUUGCGCAAUCGUGUCUAUCCUUCACCCAGAAGAGCUAUCUCUAUCCUCGAUCGCAAUACUUCAACAAUCCUCGCAGACCCUCGAAUGGACCCUCCAAGUCCUUUCAAUGAACGUAAACUCCUUCCGAAAACAGUACCAAGAGAUCAAGAACGUCUACGAUUCCGCCAAAACCUCGACCAAACUUCAAGAUGGCAAUGUAUCUUAUCCCAGGACCAGCAAAGACAAAUACAAGGGAAUGUCCUUUGAAUUGCGAGACGUCUCUUUCACAUAUCCAGGUAGUCAAAACACCAAACCUACCCUAUUCAACAUCAACCUAUCCAUAGAAUCCGGCCAGCUCGUCGUCAUCGUCGGGGCGAACGGCAGCGGUAAAUCCACCGUUCUUAAAUUGCUUUCACGGUUCUACGAUCCCUCUUCUGCACCCGAUUCCAUUCUCGUUGAUGGCCUCCCGAUCUCGCGGUACCGUAUGCAGGAUCUACGGCGGGCGACGGCGACGUUAACGCAGGACCACUCGCUCUUCCCUCUGUCACUGGGAGAGAAUAUCGGGUUGGGCUAUGCAGAGAGGGCAUGGGAUGCGGGGAUGGUCGACCGGGCUGCGGAGACGGGUGGGGCGACGCACUGUUUGCGAAAACUCCAGAAGGGGAAGAACACUAAGCUGGACAUGGGCAACGAGGCGUAUGGACACAACGUACCCGACGAACCGACCCAUCCGUUGCAGGUUGAAUUGGAGAAGCUUCAAAAGAACAUCUCACUGUCGGGUGGAGAGACACAGAGGGUUGUAGCGGCAAGGACGUUCAUGCGUCUCGAAUCUGGGACUGUAAAUUUCGUGGCGGUCGAUGAACCGAGCUCGGCAUUGGAUCCUGAAGGGGAGGCUGCUUUGUUUCGCAAUCUUAUCAGAGUCCGCCAAGGGAAGACUAUGAUAUUUGUCACGCACCGGUUUGGGCAUUUGACGAAACAUGCAGAUCUCGUGGUGUGCAUGAAAGACGGCACCAUAGCUGAGGCUGGUACUCACGUAGAGCUAAUUAGCAGGGACGGGGAGUACGCCAAACUGUACAACAUACAAGCGAGUGCCUUUUUCAAGUCCGGGAGUACGUAACGUGCAAAGGCUCUGACGCUGUUUUGCACCCUUGCAUUUGAACAUGAGUACGUCAAUGCCCAGGAAGUAUAUUUUAACGAGA